GGCAGUGUUGAUAUUUCAGUAUACACUUCUAACAGACUGAUUGAGGGUGUGCAUGUACAGUAAUUUAAUAAUAUCGAGAAUACUCCGCAUUUUAGUAACGGUGAGGUGAGUACUAAAGGCUUACCCUACACCUCGACAGAUGAUGUUUGUUCUGCUUGAUUUUAUGUUGCUUCUUUUCCUUGCAAGCGUGUUCGUAUCUUCAGCAUGUGCCCGACCAUCCUCGUACGCAGUCUGGGCAGCGGACUCAGCCAUAGCUCGCGGACAAGGUAACGGUUUGGACGAUAAUGGUAAUCCUCUAGUUUCCUAUGAGCAUGGCGAAUUGCAAUGGGCCUUGAGGCUCCUGUAUGAACAGACGGGUAACAAGACGUAUUAUGACUACAUCAAGACUGGUGUGGAUAACGUGGUCGCCAGUGACGGGUCUGUAGGCGGGGGAUACAGUGCAACGCAGUUUCAACUGGAUCCGCUUCGCGUCGGUCCUACUUUCCUCUAUCUCUAUAACCAGACGAACCAAACAAAGUACAGAAAGGCUGCGGACGAGUUCCGCAAUCAGUUUCCUAUCCAUUCUCGCACGGCACAAGGUCAAUUCUGGCAUAAGAAAAUAUAUCCUAAUCAAGGUUGGUUGGAUGGUAUCUACAUGGGGGACAUCUUCUACGCAGCUUAUACCCAGAUGUUCCAGCCUACUAAUAACACCGCUUGGGACGACAUCACCUUACAAUUCACUUUGAUGUUCAACAACACAAUUCAGAAUUCAGCUACUCCAAACCACACGUUUACAGGCCUUCUCUACCAUGGUUACGAUUAUUCUCAUUCGACCAUAUGGGCAGACCCCGAUCGUGGUCAUUCGCCUGAGAUCUGGAUCCGUGCUCUCGGGUGGUAUUCAAUGGCACUUGUUGAUGCCCUCGCAAUUAUUCCAACUUCUCAUCCUGGUCAUGCCGUCCUCCUAAAUAUCCUGCGUACUCUCGUCCCGCGAAUUGUUGCAGCAACGGAUCCCACUAGCGGAGUCUGGUGGCUCGUCAUGACACAACCUGGCCGUGCAGGAAACUAUUUUGAGAGCAGUGGAGCGGCGAUGUUUGUGUACUCGUUGUUGAAGGCAGUAAGAGUGGGCUAUGUGACUGACUCGGAUGGGAAGAUUGUGGCCUCGGCAAAGAAAGCCUAUCAGUACAUGGUGGACAAUUGGGUUGUGGAUCAUGGUGAUGGAACCAUGGAUUGGAAGAAUACCGUUCAGGUUGGUAGUUUGAACACGGAUGGCUCGUAUGCGUACUAUAUAGGAGUGCCUACCGAUCUCAACGACCUCAAGGGACUAGCUGCAUUUGCUCUUGCCAGUAUCGAAUAUGAGCAAUCCUGAAAGUGACACCAAUGGUUGGAGGCGGUACACAUUCGCUGUGUUCCUGUGAUAACAUGGUCGACAAUAAAACAAUACAACAGAGUAUCUCAUACAAUUACAUUGUGCCAGCAAAGGUUUCUCAUGAGGG